UGGAUGGUCAAAAUUCCACUCACUUCCUCAUUCCCCCAACUCAUAUAUAAACCCCCUCUUCCCCUGCCUCUCUCUUAUACCCAGGAAAGACCGUUUCAAAGCUUUCCUUCAUCACCCACAUUUUCCCUCUCUUUCUCUUCGGUUUUCUCACCCUACCUUCUCUCCAAGCCCACCAACCCCUUUUCCCUCAAAAACUUAUAAAACAAUCGUUCAUUAGUUUUAUAAUCCACCGAGCAAUCCCGAGAAACUUUUUUUCUUUUUUGAAUCUGAACCUCAAACUCUAUUAAUAAAACUCUCCAUUCUGGUUUGGUUCAACAUAAACCCAACAUGCAGAUCUCUUCAGUAAAGCUCAGAACCUCGACUUUCACAUCCUCAGAGUUUUUGAACCAGAGGUGUUCGAUAAAGGCUCAGUCUUUUUCACUACCCAGUUUUCAGAAUGUCCAACAGAGUGUGAACCACUCAUUCUCUUCUUCAUUCAAACCCCUUCACAUUUCUUCCACCGAGAGUUUCGCAUUGGUGAGCAAAACCCAGCGAGUUACAGAGUGCAAGGCCUAUGAGGCAGACAAGUCAAGACCUUUGAAGAUCAACAUUGAAUUGCCGGACCAGCAGGCGGCCUCUCAGAGGUUCAAGAUUGGUAUAUACUUUGCUACCUGGUGGGCUUUGAAUGUGGUGUUCAAUAUCUACAACAAGAAGGUUUUGAAUGUGUUUCCUUAUCCAUGGCUCACCUCCACUCUCUCACUCGCAACUGGGUCGCUCAUGAUGCUCAUUUCUUGGGCCACCAGGAUCGCUGAGGCCCCAAAAACUGAUUUAGAUUUCUGGAAGACUCUGUUUCCGGUUGCGGUGGCACAUACAAUUGGGCAUGUAGCAGCGACUGUGAGUAUGGCAAAGGUUGCGGUUUCGUUUACCCACAUCAUCAAGAGCAGUGAGCCUGCCUUCAGUGUAUUGGUUUCACGGUUCUUGUUAGGUGAAUCCUUUCCUCUGUCGGUUUACCUCUCUCUCUUUCCAAUUAUUGGAGGAUGUGCGCUUGCUGCUAUAACCGAGCUCAAUUUCAACAUGAUUGGGUUCAUGGGGGCUAUGAUAUCGAACCUGGCAUUCGUGUUCAGAAACAUAUUUUCGAAGAAAGGGAUGAAGGGGAAGUCUGUCAGUGGUAUGAACUACUAUGCUUGUCUGUCUAUGUUGUCUCUACUGAUCCUAAUACCAUUUGCCAUUGCCGUGGAGGGCCCCAAGGUGUGGGCCGCUGGAUGGAACACAGCUCUUGCACAAAUUGGUCCCAAUUUUGUCUGGUGGGUGGCAGCCCAGAGUAUCUUCUAUCACUUGUAUAAUCAGGUUUCGUACAUGUCAUUAGAUCAGAUAUCUCCCUUAACAUUCAGCAUUGGGAACACAAUGAAACGGAUAUCCGUCAUAGUCUCCUCCAUCAUUAUCUUCCACACACCUGUUCAACCCGUCAAUGCACUUGGAGCAGCCAUUGCAAUCCUUGGCACCUUCCUCUACUCACAGGGCAAGCAUUGAGGAAUGUAAAGAUGCCAAGUUGCUUGAAACAUAAAUGAUGAAGAGAGACAAGAGAUACUGAAGUGUUUUAACAAUCUAACCAUAGGGUAUUUGAGUAUGUUCAAUUGAACUUCAUUGUUUUUGGGUCAUCAAGAUCAUAGUCAUGGACCCAUGGACUUGGUUUAAAAAAUCAUGCUCUGUUCCCCGGGAUAUGGUUUAAUUAGAUAGUAGGUUUCCUUCUGUUCACCGGUUGAGAGAAAUUGUAUUGUAGAUUUUGUAGUAAAUAAGAACAAUGUUUGUUGA